GCAUUUGGCCCGACUUGCGAAAACGAACGACUUGCGUGUACUACGGAUGCGCAGCACAACAAAAGUCCGAAUAAGCCCGCGUAACCACACGCUGCCUUGCUCUCUGCCUAUCGAGGCUGCCGGAUACUAGGAAAUCCACCAUGGCGCUUCCGGCUCCAACCAUUGAUCUGCUCCUCAACCUCAUCGAUACGCGCCCGCAGUCCAUCCUCACCUCGCUGUCGCAGCACCCGCACCUCGCCUCAGCCCGCGACACGCACGGCUACUCACUAGUCCACGCCGCCGCUUCGUAUAAUCAACUCGCCGUGCUGCGCGAACUGGUCCAAAAAUACAAUGCCGACGUAAACAUGCUCGACGAGGACGGUGAAACUCCCCUCUUCGCAGCGGAAAAAGUUGAAGUAGCAAAAUGUCUUGUCCAAGAGUUGAGCGCAGACACGAGUAUACGAAAUCAAGAGGGCCAGACAGCAGAGGAGAAGAUUGGCGAAGAAGAGGGUGAGGCGCAUGAAGUAUACCAGUACUUGAGAUGCCUACGCACCGGUACAGAGCCAGUCGCUGCGGGUAUAAUAGAGACUGAGGGCGUACAUCCGCCGCCACCACUGCCUGAGGGUGUCAAGGUCAACGUAGGCACCAUGGAAGAGGAUGCUGCUGGGACGCCAGACCCAGAGAUACGGCGGCGCAUUGAGGAGCUAGCUGCACGAGAGGACUAUGACUCGGAGGAGGUACAGCAGCAGCUGAGGGAGCUGGUACAAGAUGUCGUCACGGGCAUCAGUGUUGACGAUGGUGGAAGAAGUGUUAGGAGAAGGGUUGAUUGA